AUGGUGAGCAAGGAGGACGGCCCACGCUUGGUCAUCUCCAGCUCCCACUCGGAGUCCGACUCGGACAACGCCGCGUCGCAGCAGAGCUUCGAGGCGCCCUGCGGCCCCAGGCCCGGCGACCGGCGCGUCCGCAAGCGCCACAGGGCCCUCCAGGUGCGCUUCAAGGACAUCUGCGACGCCCAGAAGGAGCGCCGCGCCAGGCGCUCCAGAUCCAUCUCCUGUAAGGUGACGCACCGGAGGUACAUGACCAUGCCCUCGCGACGCUCCAUCCCCAACGUGACCCGGAGCACGGGCGUGCAGACGUCGCCGCACAUCAACCUGCGCUACAAGACCUUCCCCUUCGAGCGGAAGAGGGGCCACACGUUCAAACACGCCGCCGUGGUGGAGACCUACCGGGAGCAGAACAACGGGUUCCUGAGCGACAUGCAAGGGCCGGGGGGGGGGGAGGAGGCGGGGGGGGGGGCGGGGCCGCCGGGCUCCCCGUGCGAGGGGAAGAUCGUGGGGCAGACCAAAGCGCUGCUGCAUCACACCGACGACAGCAGCGGCACCGAGGACCUGCUGUCUGGUGCUCACUUUGCAGACGGACCCCUGUGCUCCGACCCCCCGAAAGACCCCGGUUCCCAUCCAUGCAGCCCUCCCGCGUGGAAAGAGGAGCCGGAGUACCAGGUGUGCGGCCCCAGAAGAUCCCGGUCUAAAGGAUUACCCAAGGAGGAGAUGGGGGCUGGUGGUGGUGGUGGGGCUGACACGGGGUCAAAGGGCAUGGGGUCCGGCGGUUGGAGCUCCCUGCCGCAGGUGGAGUCGCUGGGGAGCCCGUCGGCUUGCUGCAAGCGAAAAAAGGGCUCACAUCCAAACGGGCAGCAGUCGCAGACACUGCCCCACAAUGCCAAGUGUUCGGGUCGCUCCCUGGACCCCUGCCGGACCCGGCACGCGUCCGCCUCUUCUAAGCUCCAGCACACGGAGAGCGCAGGGGACCAGGGCUCGCUUCUUGGACAGUCGCAGGGGCCCCGUUUGGGGGCCAGCCAGCCCAUUACACCCUCGUCGUCCGGGGAUAAGGAUAUCAAAGCACAGCUUCAGGCUAUGGAGAAUCUCAUCAACUCCAGCCAGGAGACCAUUAAAGUCCUGCUGGGAGUCAUCCAGGAGCUGGAGAAGGGCGAGGCUCUGAGAGAAGGGCUCACGUACCGAACGGGACAGGACACGGCAAACUGUGACACGUGUCGAAAUAGCGCGUGCAUCAUAUACAGUGUGGAGCUGGACUUCAAGCAACAGGAGGAGAAACUUCUGCCCCUGAUGAAGAGGCUGUUCCCCCAGGACAGCCCCCAGUGCCCCACCCUGCCUUACCCCCACGAGGUCUUCACCUCCACCCCCAAGCGCAGGACCAAGACGGAGUCCAAGAAACACGCUCGCUGGAAACUCUGGUUCCUAUAG